CGCACCGCGCCUCCGCGCAGCGCAGGGAGCGCGGAGCCCGGUGCGGAGCCCGGUGCGGAGCGCGGCGGCCGGGGCUCGGCGCUGCUCCCGCCGCCGCGGGAUGCUGUGACCGCCCCGCGGGGCCCACGCGUGUGUGCGGGGCAGCCCAUGAGCCCCGCAGGCUGAGCCGCAGCCCGCUCGGCCGGCAGCAGCAGCGGGAGGAGGAGGAGGAGGAGGAAGGUCGGACACCCCUGCGGAGAGACGCUCGCCGAGGAGGAGGAGGAGGAGGAAGGGGAGCCGCGGGGCCGGCGCCCCCCGGGCCGGUGCGUGGCGGCGGGAUGACACGGGCGGUGAUUCCGCGGUGCUGAGCGCGGCCCCGCUGCGGGAGCGGGACCCCCGGUCGGUCCGUGCGGCUCCGGCUAUUUCUAAGGAAAGGGCAUUAUAGUUAAUAAUAAUCCCCACCGCAUCGCCGGCGGAGGAGCCUCCAAGCACCGGGGCUUUGGCUACUCCGUGCGUUUUCCACCCGUCGUUUCUUUCGGGUUUAUUAUUGUGAUUUUUUUGUGUGCGAAAGGAAGUUCUGAACAACUGCAAGUCAGGAAGUGGAAAUCCACACCGGUUGUGACAAGCCGGGGCUAAAAACUAUUUCAUUAUUUAUAUAGAUGUGUCUAUCAACAGUCUGCUUUUCAUCCAAAGAAUAAAGGGAAAUACCGGCUAGUUCUAUGUUUGACGGUGAAUGACAGACCGCAUCUGAGGAAAGGAAGGACUAAAUAUAUCGGCUAAGAACACCACCGUUAUUUAUUGAACUCAAGAGCCCUUUUUUUUUAACCCAAAGACUGUUUGAGUGAUACAUUUAAUGGGUCAUUAAAAGGGGAAAACAAUUUUAAAGGCCCUUUUUGCUUCUGAAGUGCAGCUAGCCUCAAAAAUAGCAGUACUUGUAAGACAGAUACUCAAAUUAAGGCUUUACGUGAUGAAUUUUCUAUCCUAUGGAUAUCAGUUUUGAGAUUACAAACCAAGAAGAUCUGUAAUUGAUCUAGCACCAGAUAAUUUCAAUGCCUAAUAUUCCCCAGGAUUGCUGGAGUACCCUAGGAGCUGCGUCGGACUGUACUCGGGGUAUGCCAUGGGCUGUAUUCAGAGUAUUAGCUGCAAAUCCAAAGUUUUCCGGGAAAGUAUUUCAGUGAUUGAAGUCAAAGCCUCCAUCGAUCCCAUUCCCACCAGCAUCGACGAGUCCUCCAGCGUGGUCCUGCGCUACCGGACCCCUCACUUCCGAGCCUCUGCACAAGUGUUGGUGCCCCCUAUUCCCAAGAAGGAGACCUGGAUUGUGGGCUGGAUCCAGGCUUGCAGCCACAUGGAAUUUUACAAUCACUACGGGGAGCAGGGAAUGUCAAGUUGGGAGCUUCCGGAUCUCCUGGACGGUAAAAUCCAGGCCAUCAGCGACUCAGAUGGAGUGAACUAUCCCUGGUACGGGAACACGACGGAAACCUGCACCAUCGUGGGUCCCACCAAGAAGGAGUCCAAGUUCAACAUCAGCAUGAACGACAACUUCUACCCGAGCGUGACGUGGGCAGUGCCCGUCAGCGAGAGCAACGUGGCCAAACUCACAAGCAUUCACCGGGAUCAAAGCUUCACCACGUGGCUGGUGGCAACCAACACGGCUACCAACGAGAUGGUGACCUUGCAGACUAUCAAAUGGCGCAUGAGGCUGGGCAUCGAGGUGAACCCCAGCAGACCCUUGGGGCAGCGUGCCAAGCUGCAGGAGCCCUCUGCUCAAGAGCAGCCCCAGGUCCUUAGCAAGAAUGAGCCAAUACCACCCAGUGCCCUUGUCAAACCCAAUGCCAAUGAUGCUCAGGUACUCAUGUGGAGGCCAAAGGAUGGGCAGCCGCUCGUGGUGAUACCUCCCAAACAUCGGUAAUACGAACCUGGCGUCCCGGCACCAAAAGGGAGAAAAAGAGAAACGAACCGACGAACCCGAGAAGCAAAACAAUCACUUAGGUAUUAGAACACACACGUAGAAUCUGAGCAAGAUCAAGAAUGCACUUUUUCUUCAUUCAACAAAUGCAACCAUUCUACCUUCUCCCAUUGGGACGGAUUUCACUGUGCUAAAGCUAAAGAGGAGACCUUUGACCGGGGUCUGUCUCAUCACUGGAUUCCUAAGGGAAGAAACUAACACUGAUGUCUACCCCUAGAGCUGGUUUUUUUUCUUCCCUACUUUAGUUACUGUUUGAACUUCAGUCUCAUUAGCUUGUCCAGACUGCCCCGAACAAUAAGGACAUUUUAUUUGGGAUUUUAAAAGGGGUUUGGUUUUUUUUUUUUCCUUUUAUUUUUUUUCCGUUUUGGUUGAGAACAAAACAAGUUCCUGGAGCGAAAAGUUCAUUAUUUAAGAUAGGGAUUAUGGUUCUUUUUCUUUUUUUAAGCUAUCAGGUUCUGAGUUGCAAAUCCAAGUCAUGCGGCCUUAUGUAGACUUUGCUUUGCAUUGCCAAACUUUUGCCUUAAAGCUACGUCUGAAAAACAACGAACCAACACCACCACCACCAGGCAGAAUGUCCUUUUUCUACAGAAUCUCUGGGAGAAAGUUUUGGAGCGAGGGAUGGAUCCAUCAGGGUGUUGAUGGACGGGAAAAGAAAAGGGCCUGAAGUUGGGAGAAGCACGGUAAAAAGAGAAUCUUCCUGGUUUUACAACCUGGAUCAAGAAAGCAUGGAAAUAAUCUCAGUUUCAAAGCAAUGCAAAUACCAAACCUGCGGUAGGAUGUCUCUCGAGUGGGAGCUACCGGGCCACGUCCCUGCUUCACAGAAGAGGUAGCAAGAAGCUUGCACUGCUUACGCUUGGUGGUCUCAGUCUCCUGUUAGCAUAAUCGUACGGGACAAGCUCACAGCUGGAGUUGUGGCCCUGGGAGGUAACAUACACCAAGAGGGGAUGAUGUCCCACGGGGUUUGGCUUUAAGACACACAGAUGUUUGCCAGCUACAGCCCGCAAUCCACCAGC